AUGGCUUCCAACAGCACGGCAAUUCCUUUGCACUGCAACAUUUGCCCCAAGCGACCAAACUUCAGCGACGUGUCACACUUGCUCACCCACAUUGCCAGCAAAGGCCAUUUAUCCAACUACUACAAGGUCAAGGUCCGCUCGUCACAUGAAGAGGCCUCUCGUCAACUCAUCGAUGCCUACGACCGCUGGUAUGCCAGCUGGGGCGUCGAGCAGCUCAUGUCAGAGCGUAUGAAUCAGAAGGACAAACGCCGCUCUCGAGCGAGGCCAAUGGUCGAAGCCCCUGCACCACGCACCACGCGUCGUGCCGCCGUCGGCAAUCUCGUCGACCCGCAGCUAUCAGACCAACAAGUCAUCAAGACUGAGCCUCUGGACUCUCCUACACCCAGUGCCCGGCCUGGUCCGGUACUUCGCCACCGCACCUUCGCACCUCACAUGCAGUACUGGGCUACGGAGUCGCGUGCCAGCUCCCGCAGCUACACCAACCCAGACUAUGAGACAUCAAGCGAAUACUCUGACCCGGGCGAGCGCCGUCGAUAUCGGUAUGAUGCGGCCGACUCGUGUGCCGUCGAGGACGAUCCCGCCGAAGCUGCAGAAGAUCCAAUGGCCGUCAGUGAGUCUACCAAGCUAAAGGGUGUCUACUGGCCAGGCAUGGACAUCUUCGACUCUGCUACACCCGAGAUGCGACGCAAGAGAAACCAGAAGAAGGACAGCUCUGUUGUCGCGCAACUGGAGCUCAACUCCCAGGAUGUCGAAGCCAUGGAGUUCAUCUUCACACCAGGAGGCUCCUUCAAGCGGCAACGUCGGAUCUCAAACGCAGAGUACGAUGAUGAAGAGGAGACCGAGAUCAAGACGGAGAGCCCUCAACCAACUAGGGCGCGGCCUGCACUCGCACGGUUGGAUGCGAAUGCUCGUCGUCCACGCCAUCAGACGCGCUCCAUGUUUCCCUUCCACGCACGUACCCAAUACGAAGAUCGUGGUCGCUCAAUCUUCGACAAUGUUCAAAGUGAUCGUGCCUCGAAGCGUAAGCGCGGAGGUUUCAGCGUCUAUCAAGACGAUGAUGAAGAGGAAAUCACCUUCAGCCAGCCCGCGAGCAUGACCUACCUCACCUCUGGCUUUACUCGUCAACCAUCUCCAUCACCGGCACCGGCAUUCACUUCAUACAAGGCACUCAAUGAAGGAUAUCAGUACGACAAUAAGGAGAAUGCACUACCUGCAUUCCCCCAACAGGGUUACGGCAGCUACCAUGGCUAUCAGGGCGCUGGUUUCCACCAACAGAACUACGCUUACGGCUUGGCCCAGGACCAGCGCGCCUUCCAGUACAAUGACCACAUGUACAACGGUAAUCAGAUGUACCAACAGAAUCACCAGGAUGACGAUGAUCAACGAACAAUCACCGCACCGCCCUCGCCGUCUAUGAGCUAG